CAGAUCUCCACUGUGUUCUACUGAUUAAGAAGAUGGCAAUGAUGGCAUUUUUGAUGGCUCUUCUCUCUGCAUUUCUGACGAGCGCAUGUAGUCAGACCAUGCCGGUCGACUGUUCUGACAUCUAUAACUCAACACAAACAGUCAGUGGGAUUUAUCGCAUCUAUCCAGCAGGUGAUUUUCCUGUCUUGGUUUACUGUCAGAUGAUCUCUUAUGGGAACGAUGAUGACAAUGGAGGAUGGACGGUGAUUCAGAGGAGAAUGGACGGCAGUGUGAAUUUCUAUCUGCCGUGGAAUCAGUACAAGAGAGGAUUUGGGAAUGUGGAGGGUGAAUACUGGCUGGGGCUGGAGAACAUGUAUGAGCUGACACACAACAGGAACUACAUGCUGAGAGUGGAUCUGGAGGACUUUGAUGGAAAUACAGUUUUUGCUCUGUACUCGUCCUUCUCUGUUGGUCCUGAAGCUGAUGGGUACAAUCUGCAUGUUUCAGGAUUCACUGAUGGAGGAGCUGGUGACUCUUUAUCUGGCCAUAAUGGAUUCAAGUUCUCCACCUUUGACAUGGACCAAGAUGCCAAUGUAAAUAAUUGCGCCAAAAUGUUUCUUGGGGGAUUUUGGUAUGCAAGCUGUCACCAUACAAACCCCAACGGUUUGUAUCUAUGGGGUGAAGAUGCCACCCAUUUUGCCAUUGGAACUGUUUGGUCAUCAUGGAAGGGUUACGCAGUUGGUAUGAAAUCCAUCAGCAUGAAGAUUAAACAUUUGUCAUAGAAACACUCCAGUGUUUCCCAGAAAUAAACAACAAAACAAUCAAAAUGAUGUUCUGUUAACAAAGUUUGGGAGGUGGAGCAUGCUUAGGUAAUCAAGUCAAUUGGCAUGACUGUAAAUAUCUGUACAUCCAACUUACACUCAAAAAAAUGAUUUGUUGGACUUACUUAAAAAAGACUGUCAAGUGGUUCCACGCAACUAUAUUGAGUAAUUUGUACAAGUAACAAUUUAGUUGUUUGAACAAAAAAAAUUCCAGUAAAGCUGACAAAAUUUCUUCAAGUAAAUACAAAUCACGUUGAUGCAAAUUCCAAUGACUGUAUUAGUCAGGUCUCUUUCAGCAUUCACAAAGUCCUAAAAAGCAUGAAAUCAGUAAAGCUGUUCAAUAAUUUUCAUUACACCAACACAUGCAGGUUGCAAAUUUGACAUCACUUAGCAAUACAUCCAGUAAAAGCAUAGACUCUGAGAAUUAUGUAUCCACAGACCUAAGUCGGGUCAUAUUAAUUUCAGACUGGAAUAAAUUAGGCUGUAAGUAAUAAGAGGUUACAGUGCAUUCAAUGAAUUGUACUGUUGUUUAACAACAUACAUUUUCAAGCUGAACAAAAAAAAAAAAAA